AUGUGCAUCUUGCAAUUCAACAAUGCUCGCGACUGUCAACAAGCCUACGAUGAAUGUCUUCAAGGAAAAGAAAUUGGUGGACAGCUGCUGCAUGCGGAACUGAACGGAGACCAGGAGCACAAUCAACAACCGAGUUAUAACAAUCAGCGCCCUUAUAAUCGUGACCAAAGAGAAUACGGUCAACGUAAUCAACGCGACUACAAUCAGCGGAAUUUCAAUAAUCGAGAUCACACCAACCAGCGUGAAAACGGUAACCAGAGAGAUGGCAAUCAACGUGAGUACAAUCAGCGUGAUUAUAGUGGUCAACGUGACUACAACAGACAAGGUAGGCAGUUCGACUACAAUUCAGGCAGAGGCGAAAGAGAUGUAAACCGUUUCCAAGGUGCUCCAGCUAAUCGAGGCGGGUCACGCGAGUUUGGUAGAAAUGACCGCUUCGAACGAACAGAUCAAAGACGAGAUCGCAGCCCAGCCAGAGGAGAGCCAGUUCGUGGGUACGGCAGCUCAAAAGGACCCCGAAUAACAUCAGCCGUAAUUCACCGUCCAGGAAAUGCCAGCCCUUCGGAGUCGUCCUCUUCAGAUGAGGACUAAAUAUCCUGGUAUUUUUCAGGGAUUCCUUACUGAUGCGUCGUGCAAAUACUUUUAUUAACGUACAUAUGACUUUAAACAUUAAAAUAUUCAUGUUGGAAAUUCAUUAAUGUUGUAGUCUAAUAUACACUUCACUUCAUA